GGGCUUAAAUCUCUUUUGGUCUUGAAAAUCUUAAAAGUUUAGGUUUUAAUGUGGGAUCAACUGUAAGUUCAAACUCAAAUAUGAGAAUAAUUAUCAACUUUGAACAAAAAAAGUUGAAACGUCAAUGUAAGGGAUUUUAUCAAGUUAAGACAUCAAGAAGUGAUUUAACUCAAUUAAAAUUGACAGAUAUUAGAUUUUACAUCGAAUUUAAUAUUAUAUUAAUAAUGGAUAAAAUAACAUCUAAUCUCUGAAUUUAGUAACUUUUUGAAACAUUUUUUAUACACUUCAAUUUCUUAAAUUCGACUCUCAUCUGAUUUAAAGCUCGAGGUUUAAAAUAAGUGGGUUAGCAAAGAAAAAGGGAAAAUUAAGGUUGCCAUUAAUGAUGUUGAAAUUCCGAACACAACGGUCGUGUAAGAAAAUUCCUUCUUGUCUCCGCAUUUACAUGGAUUCUACUCUCAAGAAAACAGUUACUAAUCUUCAGGAGAGACAAUCAAAUCUAUGUUUUUUUUUCAAACACGUUAAGCUUUUGUAAUAAACAAAAAAAUAGAAACCAUGGAAGAAUCACAAAAAACUGAGAGAGAAGAACCCAAAGAAAAGCUUCAAAUGGAUAACAAUGGAGGGAGUAGCAAUGGUGUGAGGUUCAAAUUCAAUGCGUAUGCACCCGAAUUCGUCUCGAGAUCGCGUACCCAAAUAUUACCCGUUUCGACUUAUUAUUACCCUUUCUUUCACUACCUUAACGGUGGCGACGAUGGUGGUGGUGGAGGAGGAUUUGAUUGGUUCUUUGUUGGUAAACAAGAACCGAUUUCCACUACUUAUUUUAUCCCGAAUCAUAAUCUUUCUAACACUAAUUUUUAUUCCAAGAAUGUGCUCACUGGUGAGCUUCGCUUAAAGAUCAUCAACCAGGUGGAACACCAAUUCAGUGACAUGAGCCUUUUAGCAAACGAAUCAUUGUCAAGGCAAAUAAGCAAAGAUCCUGAAGGUUAUGUUCCCAUAUCUUUCAUUUCUUCAACAAAGAAAAUCAACUCUCUCAUCUCUAACAAACUGUUGCUGGCCAAAGUACUUCGAUCCUCUUCAAAGCUUGUUGUUAGUGAUGAUGGUAAGAAGGUUAAACGUAAACAUCCUUUCACUAAGAAGGACAAAGAGGAAGUUCAGUCUCGUACUGUUGUUGUGGAGAAUUUGCCUGAAGGUCACUCUCAUCAGAACCUAGACAAAAUUUUUAAUGUUGUCGGAAGUGUGAAGAACAUUCAAAUAUGUCGUCCUCAAGAGUCCAAUUCUCCUCGCUCUAAAACUGAUUUUUCCACUUCUAACAAGCUUUAUACACUUAUGGAGCUCGAAUUGAGGGAGAUUGCUAAAAAAGUUGAGAAGUUAAAUGAUGAAAGGAAUUGGAGAAAAGGGCUCCGAGUAAGAUUGCUGCUUAGAUUCUCGCCAAAACCUAUUCUAAAAAUCCGAAAAUCCGAAUUUGAUGCCAUAUUGAACGAAAAAGACUUUGAACAUUCCUUUCAAUCAAACAAUGUUGAAUCAACUGAAAAUAAGAUUGAGGACAAUGGAGUGGGAUCAAAAAAGGGCGACGGCAGAGGCCGCGGGAAGGGCCGAGGGCGUGUUCAAAACCACAACAGACGAGGCCAGCUCCCAACAUCACCUCAACCUAUCAACCCAACGACGCAAUGUGAAGCAUCUAUGAAACAGACUUUUAAGGGUCCGAGAAUACCAGAUGGAACCAAGGGUUUCACCAUGGGACGAGGCAAGCCGUUAACUUCAUUUUUUUAG